CACCACUACUACUACUACUACUACUACUACUACUACUACUACUACUACUUGGGAUCAGUUAAUCAACAAAAUUAUAUAAUUUUUUAUGACACCAAUUGAUUGACCAACAAGUGGUUAAUUAUAACCAAUUGGUUGAUCCCAUGGUUGUUAUUGUUGGCCAACCAACCAACCAACCAAUUGAUCCCGUUAUCAAAGAUUCCCAUGCUAUUGACCUGUUGUUGAUGAUGAUGAUGAUGAUGAUGACCACCAUUUUGACCAGUUGUUAGUCCAGGUCAUCGCCGCCGUCGCCGCCAAACUUUUGAAUGAAGUAAUCACUGGCCUAUUGUCGUCAUCGUCGGCACACCUGUUGAUAGCCUCUCUCUCUCUCUCUCUCUCUCUCUCUCUCUCUCUCCUAAUCAAGUGAUCUCAAGACACACAUACAUAUCACCUGUCAUUGUCAUCAUUAGUAUCAUCACAACAACAACCAACUGAUCCAUCCAUACAUUCAUUCAUUCAAUCAAUCAGUCAAUCAAUUGUCUGCCAAACACAUCAACAUAACUUAAAACAACAAAAAUCAUGUCAUUUAGUCCACAAUCGUCUCACUCGGCCUCGUCUACGGCCAACGGUAGCCACCGAAGCAAUGGCAGCGGCGGUGGCGGCGGUCAUAAUACGUACGAUAGCGGCAGUGGCCGUCAUAACGAUUGGUCGUCGUCACAGUCAUCGGUAGGUUCGUCGUCGUCGGGAUCGCUGUCGAGGCCAACACUAUCGUCGAUGAUGUCCUCGUCGGCUGCAGCGGCGGCGGCCGGACUGAAGACAUCGGCCGAUAUUAUACACAGCAACGAGUUUAAGGCAAUUGCCGAACAUUAUGAACGUGGGCUCAGUGAAUGUAUAUCAAGUGUCGAAAGUGAACUAUCGUUGAAUAAAUCGCUGUCCAAUUGGCCGCUACAGUCACCGGGAUCUCCAUCACCAUCACUACCACCACCGGCAGCAACGGCUCCGGGAUCUCCAGUAAACGGUAGCUCCAGUACUGAAGAUAAUAAUAAUAAUAACAAUUCCUCACAACAACACCACCAACAACAACAACAAGAGUACAUACUAUCCGUUACACAUAAAGACUCGCUCAGACAUCAACUGUCACACGUACGGCACAUCAGGGAUGAAUAUGAGACACAUUUGCGGCUCCGGGAGGCACUGGUAAAGAUGAUGAAGAUAUCGAAAUCCAGGGAUUGCGAUACGGAAUGGAAAGAAAAUUCCCGAGUAUUGGUAGCCUUUGAAAAACAAUUGGAACUAAUGAUCGGUGUCUUUCAUCUGAAAGUCGAAGAAAUCGAGGGCUGGGCCCGAAUCUGUCCCAGAGAUCAAUACGAAAUUGAGUUCCGAUACGGUGGCCAACGACACGCCGUACGCGUCCGCAUCGGUAAGGAUGGCCAUCGGGAAUGGCAACACCAGGAGUUUGCCAUCAAAGCCUCCCUCAUUGACUCGAUAAUCAUCAGGGUCCGGGAGGUUAAAUCUGGUUGGACCAAACGUUAUGUAACGUUGGGUGUAUCGCACAUGGAUGCCAAAGAUAUGAUGCGCUCCCGAACACAGCUGAUGACAAUUAUGGCCAACAGUUCGGGUACAUUGAAACUGAAAGUCCGGGUUAAGUGGACGCCGACUAUCAGUUCGUAUUUUACAACCAAUAAUAAUAAUAAUAAUAAUAAUAACAAUACGAUUACUACUACUAAUGGUUAUCAUAAUAACGAUAAUAAUAAUGUUAACAAUAGUAGUAAUUGUGAUCUAAAUAGUAAUAUGAUUAUCGAUGACCAUCGACUACUAGCCAUCACUACUACUAGCCCUACCAUCGAUGCCAACACUACCACUGAUCUUCACCAUCUAUUGUCGUCUGCGUCGUCCGACCGUUCCGUUAGCCGUAUGUCUUCAUCGACAACCGCCACCAACAACACCAACCAUAGCGUCAUCAGCAGCAGCAGCAGCCGCGACCAUACCAUCGAAUCGCUGGCCCAACUGAUGUCAGUCAUCGAAGACUUUCAGGGCCAGUACGAAGAACUGUUGCCAAUGGCUUCGGCUGUCCAACGAUUGUAUCGUUUGUAUACUAGAGAUGAUCAUCAAAAAAGUAUGUCAUCGCGUAAUGGCGGUGACUACGAGUCUGAUGACAACGGUUCCGAUACUGAGGAUAUUGACGCCGCACUGGCCGAGUUCGGCUUUCUCGAGGACAACGAUACCAUUACUACUACUACUACUACAGCCGAUGACCAAUUUAAUUCUGUGAUAUCCCGUAACUCGAGUCCGACGCCCAUUUCGAGCCAAUGGGAGGCGUGUGUUAUCAAUCAUACACGCGAUGCCAUCAUCCAACUGAGCCAUUGCGGCAAAUGGGUACUGAAAGCCCGGGAAAAGGAUGCCCUCCGGAGGCUCCGGGACGAUGCCUAUGCACUGCAAGAGUUGGCCAAAAGUUACGGCCAAAAUAGUGUCGACGAAUUUUGCGGCUCCGACCCGCGUGCCCGCGAUAUGUGGCACUGUCUGACCACCAGUACAUCAUCGGCGGCGCCAUUGGCAUCGGGUAUCAAACGUGAUGUCAUAAUCAUGGACUGGAAGGCCUGCUCGGAUGGCCUAAACAUUCUGAUGCAUUCGUACGAGUCGUCCGACGAAAUUAUUGCCGACUCCAGCCAAUGGUUGACCGCCAAGAUAUCCGAAUGCGAUUGUGUAACCGUACUGCACGUACGGGCUUUCUGGUCACGAUUUGAACGCCAUGUAAGCAUUGCCGAUGUCCUCAAAGUUAGUCUGGAUGUUAGUCGGGUUAUCCGUGCUCGUGAGGUAUCACCGUUCGAGACCCUACUGUCCAGGUUUAUUGCCCGCGAUUGGUCACCGCAUGAAGUAACCUGGACGGCCAUCCGAGUUAUGAUUACGGCUCCCGCCGAUUCAACGAUGACCCGUAUUGCCCGACAGUGGCUGAAAAUUAUGAAAGACGACAACGAAUCGGAGAUACUAUCGCAUCUACUGUCGGGUCUGGAGUCCAAUUCGAUAACCACACGCCGAGCCUCGUGUCACGCAUUAGCCUAUCUUCGGGCUCAGUCAUCGAUUGAUUCCCUACUGUAUGUGUCGACCGAAGAUCCCGAUCCCCGGGUCCGAGAGGAAGCUCGCAAAUCGUUGUCCACUUUUGGCGGCGAUGCCCAACAACGUUGGCAACAGUGUUCGCUAACGCACAUGGGUUUUACCGGUCUGUCCCUGAGCUCCGAGAAUAGUAAAAGUUGGGCUAACCUUUCAGUUAGCAAUUUGAACGGAAAGACUACUUUCUAAGACCUACCGACACAACAACAACAUAAAAGUGCAAUAAUUUU